AUGUCUGAAUCUGAUGAUAUACCGAAUAUUUAUGAUCUAAGCAUUGAAUCAGAGGAUCUAAGAGUCCAAGAGUUGUCAUCUUUAAGUGCUAUAUUCCCUUCCACACUCAAAGUUGAUGGGUUCUCUGGGUCAAUUGAAAUCCCACUUGAUUCAACAGUUGCUGUUAGGGUUCAAGAUGGGUCGACACCAAAAUCUACCUUAGUGAGUCAUCUCCCUCCUAUAAUAUUUGAGUUUAUCCUCCCUCCGACUUACCCUCAUGAAACCCAACCCACCUUUAAUAUUAAAUCUAGUAUUAUCUCCGAAGAUAGUAUAGAGAUUCUAACCAUAGAACUAUCACAAUUUUGGGAAGAUUAUAAAGAUGUAAUAUUAUAUUCAAUGAUCGAUCAUAUACAACAGAACAUUGCAACAUACAUACCUUCAAGCAUUGAUUGUGAACAAGACAUGGAAAAGUAUCAUACACUUUUAUCGUUUGAUAAAAAAGUAAUUGCUGAUGAAUUUGAUCUUCAAACUUUCAAUUGUCAGAUUUGUCAAGACGAUUUUAAGGGGACGAAUUGCACCCAGUUUAAAUCGACAUGCAAUCAUAUAUUUUGUAAUAACUGCCUAUUUGAUUUCUUUUCUUCAUUAAUUACCUCUGGUGAGAUAUCUAAAGUACACUGCCCUGAUUAUGAAUGCACUAAAAGGUAUCUUAAGAUUCGUGAAAAAUAUUUGAGAAUAGAAAACGUUGCAGUAGAAGCAUUCAAUUUCAACGAGUUCAAGGCAAAGAUUAUGACUCCACCUAUAUCUCUAGAAUUAUUGAAGAGUAUAAUAGAGAAAAAGGUUUCUAAAGAGGAAGCACUGGAGUUAAUGAAUCGAUAUCACAGGCUCUUCACUAAGCAACAGUAUGAUGCUAUAUCCAAGCUAUUCCCAUCAAGAUUAGUGGACUGUCCCAGAGUUGGUUGCACUGAACAAAUAUUCAGAGAAAACUUACAUGACCCCUUGGUAAUUUGUAGGAAAUGUAACUUUGCAUUCUGCAACUGGUGUAGAAAAUCAUGGCAUGGAACAUUAAAUAAGUGUGGGAGGAAGAAUAAUACCGGUCAAUAUUCUGACAUUCCGAUUGAGGAUAUAGAAUUAUGGAUGUCUUCAGAGGACGGGUCAAAGGAAAGGAUAAGGCUUUCGUAUCUUCACGGCAAAGUAUUGCUUAAGAGAGUAGCAAAUGAGUAUACAAUGGAUAAGCUUUUUAAUGACAUGUUGCAAGACUCAUCUCAAGGCUUCCAAAAAUGCCCAACAUGCGCCAUGAUUACUCAAAGAUUGGAUGGUUGUAACAAGAUGGUUUGUUCGACUUGUUCAACAAUUUUUUGCAACUUAUGUGGAAUAUAUUUGGAUUCUUGGAAACCAUACGACCAUUUCCUGUUGGAAGAUAGUACAUGCUAUGGAAAGUUGUUCGAAGGAAUGCCUGGUGCUGAACCUGAACCUGAAAAUCUUGUAAUUCAUCAUGACGACGGCCUUAUGUAA